AGUAGGUCUUCCGACUCCGAAUUUAGUGUCAGUGUCAGAUUGAUAUAAAUUUGGAGCAUAUGUUUGUAAUCACUACCUGUUGAUAACACAAAAUAAAUUAACCUCUUUCUGAAUAGCGUAUUAUUUCAGCGAUGGCAAGUCUAUCAAUGACUGAUUGCACAGAACCUAGAUAUGUGGUUGGUGUGGAUGUCGGAACAGGCAGUGUGCGAGCAGCUCUGGUGACUAUUGACGGAGAGCUUAUCAAAAUGGCCAUUCAUCCCAUUCAGACGUGGAACUUCAAACCGGGGUUUUACCACCAAUCAUCUGACGACAUCUGGAAUAGCUGCUGCAAAGUCAUCAGGGAGGUGGUAGCUGAAGUUCCAGCAGAUUCUGUUAAAGGCGUGGGGUUUGAUGCUACUUGUUCUCUGGUGGCAUUGGACAAGACUGGAUCUCCAAUCUCUAUCAGCCCUGGUGGAGAAACUCAACAGAAUGUAAUACUGUGGAUGGACCAUCGUGCCGACAAAGAGGCAGAGGCUGUUAACGCUACAAGACAUCCAGUGUUGCAGUCUGUGGGAGGCAAGAUAUCACUGGAGAUGCAAGUGCCGAAACUGAUGUGGCUGAAAAAGAAUUUACCAGAGACAUGGAGGAAUGUGGAUGCUUUCUACGACCUUCCAGAUUUCCUCACGUGGAAAUCCACCGGGGCUGAAUCGAGAUCACUCUGCUCGGUGGUCUGCAAGUGGACGUACGAAGCCAGCGGAGAGGGGACACAAGGCUGGAACAAGCAGUUCUUCACCCAAGUGGGACUGUCAGAUUUACUGGCGGAUGACUGUAGAAAAAUAGGUAGCAUAGUACUAGCACCUGGUACCCCCUGUGGCUCUGGUUUGAACAGUCAGGCAGCCGAACAACUGGGUCUGCGGGUUGGUACGCCUGUUGCUACUUCUAUCAUCGAUGCCCAUGCUGGUGGGCUGGGCAUGAUUGGCUGCACUGCAGACUCUAACAAGUCCACGGACUACUGUUCUCGGCUAGGUCUGAUAUGUGGAACUUCUACGUGUCACAUGGCUGUCAGUCGUGGGCCGGUGUUUGUGCCGGGGGUGUGGGGGCCGUACUACAGCGCCAUGGUGCCGGGGCUGUGGCUGAGUGAGGGGGGGCAGAGUGCCACGGGGCGCCUCCUAGAUCACAUCAUCGACACUCAUCCAGCCACUGCCUCUCUGCGAGCUCGGACGCCUCACAUGCAUGUAGUAACUUACCUGAACGAGUUGCUGAACAGUCUGGCCAACUCUGCAGGACUAGACAGUGUAGAUCUGCUCACCAAGGACUUGCAUGUCUGGCCGGACCACCACGGCAACAGGUCUCCCCUGGCGGACCCUACUUUACGAGGCAUGGUAUCAGGACUGAGCUUGUCUUGUGAUGAGAAGGAUCUGGCUCUGCUUUAUCUAGCUACUGUUCAAGCUUUAGCUUAUGGCACCCGACACAUCAUAGAGAGUCUGGAGUCCGCCGGACAUCGUCGCAUGGACUGCGUGCUGCUCUGCGGUGGUCUCAGCAAGAAUCCGUUGUUCAUACAGACACAAGCGACAGUGGUGGGGCGGCCAGUACUGGUGCCACAGCGUACUGAGGCGGUACUCGGCGGUGCAGCAAUACUGGCGGCGUACGCGGCCGGGCUAUACCCCUCACUGGAGGCAGCUGUGAACACAAUGGCCGGCCAGGCUGAUGCUGUGUCUCCUAACACCAAAGCCAUCACAUUCCACAAUAAGAAAUACGAAGUAUUCCUGCGAAUGGUGCAACACCAGAGAGAGUACAGAGACAUUAUGAAUUCUGUCUGAUCAAUAACAGUUUUAUUUAGUUUAUGAACGUAGUUUUAACAAAUAUUACAGGCACAUGGGAAACAAUUAUUACAAGUGGUAGUUCUCCAUAUCGUAGGACAAUCUUAGUUUAUUUUAAUAAUAGGAAGAGUAUGGUUAGUCAAACAUUUUCAGUCCUUAUUUAAUUCCAAAAUCUACUUCCAAAAUUUGAGUUUGUGUUCUUUAACUAAAGGUGUUGACAUGGUAGUUUUGCACAGUUACAUGAUGUAAAUGACAAGGUGAUAUCAUAACUUCUAAUGCAUAAUUCAUACCCAGAAAUGGGGUCCAAUCAGAAGAUGAAUUUGGUAGCUAAUCACAAUAUGUCUGAAGUUGUAAUCAAUUGCAUAUAAAGAGUAAAAAAUUCCAAAUAAUCAAUUUUAGAGUUUGUUAUGAAAAGAUUAUUUGUAAUGGGAAAAAUUUAUGUUACAAGAAAACUAGUCGUGUGGUCAGUAAUAGUGUUUUAAAGUCAGUAUAAAAAGUUACUUUCUCUAAAAUUUAAAAAUCUAAACAGGUAAAAUUUUUCUUAACUUGUAAUUUAUAAAAAGUACAAAAUACAAAUUGUAUGUUUAUAAAAAGUAAAUUUGUAUUAAAUAUGCUGUUUUGUCUUUUCUGUAAAAUGUUUUAUUAUUUACUGAUAUAUUAUUACUCAAAAUGUUAUACAACUCAAGCUCACCGUAAGUAUAUUAAGUAUAAUAGAUGAAGAACAAAAACUGAUUUUAAAUACUAAAACUGAAAAGUUUGCUGAUCUUCAUAAGAGCUUCCUUUUUUACAUUGAUUCAAAAAAUAGAGACGGCAUAAAAGAGUUGAUCUCAAAUUUCACAAAAGCAAACAUACUGACUAAAAAACCAAGUGAUAUAAUAAAAAUCUUAGAAUUGAUUAAAAAUAAUAUAAAUAAAAAAAUAUGCUAUAGUGCCUUUUAUACAUGUAAUGCUUUCUAGCUAAAUCUAUGUAGGUUUAAAAGUAUAUAAUUUAAGCAACAGGAGUUAUUUUCACAGUAGUUAUAUUCAAGUAAUGCAACAGUUUAGGAAAAUUUUUUGCAUUUUUAGGCCAUAUUUUAUGUUUUUUUGACAUCCAUAGGUUUUGUCAUUUUACUUUCAAAGUAAAAUACUUAGACAACGAUGAGUCAUGCAAAAUUACAUAAUUAAUAAUGUAUCAAGACUGGGCAUAUUGUUAGAGAUGUUAUUGUAAGUUUGGAAAAUUCAAUCGUUUACCAAAGUUUAAAGAACAAUAUGAGGAAAUAUUUUUUAUAUGUUAUAAUUAAUGAUGACUAUAUUCUUAUUAUUCCAGCAAAUUUUUUAUAAAAAUUUUGUCUUACUUUUAUUACUUAUGCCUGUAAAUAUACAAUAUAAUACCUGAAUUUAUAACUGUAGCCAUAAUUGCUGUAUGUUUUGGUUUUCAAAUGUUCAAUUUAAAGAAAGAGAAAAAAAUUGUCUUCCUCUGUAAAAAUUUAAAAUCAACCAAAGUUUUUGUUUCAUGUUUGUAAUGAAAGCUUUUAGAAUAAUAUGGAUUUUUAUAUUAAGUAUGUUAUAUUAUUAUACAUUCCUGUUUUGUAUUGUACAUUUGUAUUGAUUACUGUUUAUAAUUGUGUAAAAUAAUAAAUAUGUUAUAUAAACUUUUAAUAUAA